UGUUGAACUUCGCCUAACUUGACCAUUGACUAUACAUCCUCCGUUCGUUGUCGCGAGCCUAGCUCGCCGACGAAGACAACGACGACGGUGAUGGCAAUUCAAAAUCUCUACGACUCUGCAGGGGACAUGAGGUCCCACCUUCAAUCGCUCCUCGAUGCAAAGGAAAAGCAACUUCAGCAGGCCGGAACGCUAGGGCAGCGGGUUCUUGCUCAACAAAUGGAAUUGGAGGAAAGGAUUCGGCAAUUGCAGGAACUAGACGCGGGUAAAGCAGACGAAGAAGAUUUGGAUAUGGAGGCGAAGGAAAAAUAUCAAGAGUUGGCAGAGUCAUUAAUAGCCUGGGACGCAGAGAAUGCUCAGUUGUCCAGUGCUUUUGGCAAGUCCUCAGUUUCACCAUCUAUUCCAGUCGCUCAACUUCCUCGAGAGGAGCCUGAGCGCUCAAAGGCUUCAGCAAGUUCUUCUGCCGCUCAGUCCAGGCGAGCUAAGAACGCCGCACAUCGAGCAGAUGAUGUUGAAUUCGCUUUCGAGAUCGGCAGUGGCCUACUCAACGAGGUCCGUAGACUGCAAAGCCUCCUUGGAGAACGUGAUAAGGCUAUUCAAGAUAUGAAGGAAGAGAAGGACGACCUGGAAGCUUCUGUAGAGAGCCUUCGUAAAGCUCUCAAGCAGCAGGAACAAAGUGCAGACAAGUACAAAGAAGAAAAUUGGAACCUAGAAGUCACACUGCAAGAUCUCCGUACUCAGCUAUCUAAUGCCCAAUCCACCAAUUCUCGUCUUGACUCCGAACAGAAGCGUCUCACCAAACUCCUUGCUGCUUCUCGGGACACUUCCGAGCAGUUCAAGAAUGAGACUAGCCAACUACAAGGUGCCCUUGAGGAAUUGACCAACAAACACGAAACAGAUAUUGCCUUGGCCAGGAAACAUGCGGCUGGCCUCGCCCGCGACAAAAGUGAUCUACAACAGACUAUCGACACUCUUAAAACAGAAGUGGCGAGAGCUGGUCGUCGUCUUCCACGUUUCGGCUCUCCCUUGACCCCCAACGGGGCAGAACCAAAUGAUUUUCUCACUCCUGGUGGUUUCUCCAAUCCUGGCGAUGAAGUAUUCAGCAAUGUCGCGUCCACCAACCGCCGGAAUAAAAUGAGCGAAUUAGGUGCCUACGACGAUGCUUUCGGGGAUGAGUUUGCAGACUCUCCCGAGGGUAGUCCUUUACCUGGCAGUCCCUUCCGAUCCGCCAACCAUCCUCUCAACGAGAUCGAAGUCCUUCAACAACGUCUUGCUCACGCUCAGAGGCAAAUUUUGACUCUCAAAGGGACUCUUCAGCGAGAAAAGAAGGAGAAGUUGGAUUUAAGGAGGAAGUACGAAGUCCAGGGGCCUGAAGAAGAAGAUGACGCGGAAAAGGACAUGGACAUGGAAGAGGAGGAAGUGGGUGAUGAAGCCGUUGGUCCGAAUAGUACUCUUAAUCCUGUCAGUGGGAAGAGAAGAGGGCUGAUGACGUUCAAAGUUGGCGUUGGUCGAGGUAUUCGAGGAACUGGACGGGGCAGAGGACGCGGUCGCGGAGGUAUUACUCUUACUGAGCGCCUCAAUUUCGCGGCCCACGAUCAAGACGACGAGGACCGUUUUUCUCUUGAACGUGAUACUUCAAUGCCUGCUGUUCCUGCCAUGCCUGUCCAUUUCACCGAUGAAGACGCCUUUGACGGUCUCGAAGGAGAAGACGAGGAUCAAGUGCCAGACCAAAUGGGAUUCCAAGCUUCGCCUUCUCCAGCCCCCUCGAACCGUACUAGUGUUGGGAGUAUCACGAGUGUGGAAGGCAUGGAUCCUGCUUUUGCUAAUGUUUUGCGCCGUACACCUUCCACAAGCUCGGUAAUUUCAGUGCAGGCUAACGGAAGUCCAUUGCGCACAUCGCUCCUUCGUCGGUCUACCCGAGGUAGAGGAACUAUAGGAAGACGGACGAGAGGUGGUGCUGCUUGGUAUGACGGUAGACCGCCAUCGCUAGUCGAUCAGCCUGAAGAUCUAGCCCGUGCUUUGGGAUCGAGCAUCGGUGCUUCACCUGUAUCCAUCAAAGGCGAUGGCUCUGGUAUUGGGAUUAUGGAAGAACUGGGUGCGGAAAUAAUAGAGACGGCCGAAUUUGGUUGUCAGACUGAACCAGAACCUAUUAUCAUACCAGUACUCGCGCCUUCACUCCCUCAGAAAUUGAUGUCUGAGGCUUCUGUGCAGCACGAGCCAGAACCGGAACCUCUUACCAUACCAGUACCCGCGCCUUCAGUCUCUCAAAAAUUGAUGUCUGAAGCUUCUGUGCAGCACGAGCCAGAACUGGAAUUAGUUCUAGAGCUGCCUCCUAUACCUGUUCCAGAUCUUGUUGAAGCAUCCAUGCAAACAGCCCCGGAGCCUGUGGUAGACCGCGACGAGGUUGGUGUACAACACUUCCCUCCACUUGUAUCCAUGAGUACCAGUACGGACCCUCCUCCGACCAAAUAUGAUGUGGAAGUGGAAGCACGCAUGGAUGAAGCGAUUCGAGAGCGGAGAGAUACUCUCGUUCCUGGUGAUGUCUCUAUCGGAAGCUCAGUUGGCGAUUCAACGAUCAAGAAUGCACCCGGUAGAGCUUUCCUCUCAUCUUCGGCUGUUGGCCAUGGAGAUGAAAUUGAUGAUGGCGGAGAAGAAACGGAGACUGGCCCUGAUACAGAGAUCGACACAGAUGAUUACGAGGAUGCGACGCAAAGUAUCAUCCCCUCUACUGCUUCUGCGUCCAGAGACGAUUUCCAUUCCAUGAUGACGAUGACGGAUAGUGAAGUCUCGGAUUCGGAUGACGAUGGAGAAAGCAUUAAAGCUUCCAGAUUACCUGUCCGUCGACCUCACGCACCCAGCUUAUUCCGGACUUCAUCGUUCUACGAGACUCCUGCCGGUUCCAGUUCUGAGGCAAGGGUUAUGACUCCGCCGACAUUGUAUGACUCCAAGAGCGUUGAAGUUGAUAUCUUGCCCGAGUUGCCAACUAUUGCGCCUAAGCCUGAGGUUAAGGAAAUGUCGACACAAACAGAUGACUGGGUGCCAUCCGUGCUUGCGCCCGUUGGCUUAUCUCCGGCUGGAUCCUCCGCACCCUCUUCUGGUUCUCCUGCUUUAUAUCGUGUUGGUUCCUCGAGCAAACACCAAUUCCAAUUCAUACCACCGGCUCCGCUUCAAGCUCCAUAUUCAGCACCCGUUUCAGUACCCACUCCUUCCCCAUCCACGAACGUGUUCAAAGAAACACCUACUGGAUUCGCCACCAUCAUGAGUAACACAAGGUCUUCACAUGAUCGUCGACAAUCAAUGGAUUCUGUAAUAUCUUCAGUAAUUGACGAUGUUGCAAAUACUGGAACGCGUUCAAGAAUCCCCUCUACUCUUCUAGUCGAUAAGACUAGACCUCCAAUGAUGUCACUUCCACCGCCACCCCGAGCUCCGCCUCCUCCUGGAAGUAUGCCUCCGCCUUCCUUCAUCCCGGAACGAAGAAUUCCAACAAACUCUACCGGCUCUUCUGACGCCCCUCCCCCAAGGCCUUCUUCCCCUCCUCCUCCAGAGCUUAUACAACGAGCCACGACACCGACCUUCGGCUCGGUCCUUUCAGUUCCUGGUGGAAAAGGAAAUGGCUUUGCUCUGAGGCAACACGGUUCCAGUAUGCCUCCAUCUCAAGCCGGGCUUCGACAGCCUCCGUCGACCAGUAGCUUCCGUUCAGCCGCGAACGCCACAGCUUAUCAUCAACACGGUGCCCAUGUUAUCCCCUCGUUGAGAGGCGAGCGGGUAGGAGUUUCCACUACUUCUCUUGCGUCUGACAGGAGUCUCGCGUCACCAAGAUCAUCACUGUCAUCGGACCACCAUUUGUACUUGAAUCGCUCCCAGCAUGCUUUCCAUAAUCAGAACGUCAAUCCCAAUGCCACUAUCACUCCUAACAAAUUUGCACUUUCUGGAGACCCGCUUACCGGUCGUGCUCCGCCCAUGGAUCCUACUGAUCCUGCUGUAAUUCAUGCUAUUACUCAGACAAUGAUCGGGGAGUUUUUGUACAAAUAUACCAGGAAGGCGUUAGGUAAAGGAUAUGGCACUGCUAGACAUAAGCGCUUUUUCUGGGUUCAUCCGUACACAAAAACGCUGUAUUGGAGCUCUGCAGACCCAAAUUCCACCAACGUAGCUGAAUCAAGUGCAAAGAGCGCUUAUAUUGAAGGUGUGAGGCAGGUGCUUGAUCCUAAUCCCAUGCCUCCUGGCCUGUACCAGUAUAGUGUCGUGGUUUCCACUCCUCAAAGAGAAAUGAAAUUCACAGCACCAACCAAGGAUCGACAUGAAAUAUGGUUGAAUUCUCUCAAAUACUUGUUGGCGCGGCAUGGCCCUAGUCAAAGUGCACCCGGUAAUGCAACCGUCGUACCGGACAGUCCUACGUCCGGUGAAGAAUUUUUACCGGAGGAUGAUCGCCAUCUCACUGUGAACUCGAGUCCCCGAAGUCAACGGACUGGGCGAAGUCUUCGAAGCGACACACCGUUCAAUACGACGCCUCGUGGAAAGCGAAGUCGUUCACAAAUGUCAAUGGGUGGUUCUAUCGGAAGACGUGCGGGCACACCGGCGGCUGAGUACCUUCGUUGGAACGGACCGGAAAGCCCAUACAGUCCUUCCAGAUCGUUCGUCGAUGUCCCCGCUCAGGAAGAUGAAGAUGAUCUAGACUUUGAACUUCACGGAGAUUCCUUCUCUGAUGAUGGUUUUGAAGGUCUGGAAAAUGUCCGUGCCUGUUGUGACGGAAGGCACACCGUUGGCCAUUCGGGCAAACAUCAUCACCAUCACCAUCAUCAUCAUGAAUCUGAUUCGCAGAAUGGAGAUCAUAACCAUACCGGGAGCAGUAACAACGGCCCAAUUAGGCCAGUUUCUCCUUCUGCUUGGUCGUUCCGUUCUCGCACUGGAAGCGCAAAUUCACAUGAAGGCGGUAGUGCCUCUCUGUUUUCGUGGGGUAGGGGAAGGACUGAAGAUGGUAAAUCGAAAUUUGGGUCACGACGUUCUACUAAGACGGUUCAAAGUUAAGCCCCGUAGUCGGCGGUGGCCAUUCACGCUCAUUGGUUCUACUAUAUGUUCUAAUCGCUCUCUUUGUUAUUGAUUUCGCAGCUGCUGAGUUCCUACUUUCUUUUGUUUUUCACUUGGUUUCUCUAAGUAUGUUUCUUCCGCUAAUGAACAUCAACCCUUCUUUAUGACGAUACCUCUAUUAACUCUUUUUUUCUUGCUUUC